ACCCUCGUUAACUUUGUGCUCUAAAUCAAGCAAAGUUCGCUUCUUAUAGAAAAAAAUUUCAGAGAGAAAAGAUUGAUUUUUUUAAAGCUCCUUCGUUUGUUGUGUCUUCGCCGGUGAUAAGGUUGUGGUUCUUGAGGUUCCUUAACUUAUAUGCUGAAAAAGCCAGAAUAUGAGUGGUACUCCGAAUAAAAGACCUCAUGAGGAUGGUGGAAAUGGCGGGGUCAGUAACCAUAGUUACUCUUCUGCUCCAAAAUACUCACAUGAUGACUCUGGUGCAUUUCCCAAGGUGAUGAGCUCGGGAACGCCUGAAUAUCAUGCCUCCUUUGACGUGGGCCAUAAUGCUCGGAUGCCGAAGAUUCAACGGACUGAAUCAUCACGAGAUGCAGAUAGAAGAUCUCCUGUGCUACCAAUGUACCGUGUAUCAUCAUGUCCAGUUGUUUCACAUCCUGAUCAUUCUGUUGCUUCAGAAAAUAGGUUGGAGCCCAAGGAAAUUAACAAGGAGGUCAAGGUUGAGAAUCGUGAUGCGAAAAGUGAAUUAAGAGAGUUGUACCAAGGGGCUAAAGCUGACAAGGAUGAUAGAUUUGAGAACAGAGCUGAUGAUGGUAAGGACAUUAAACAUAAUAGGGAUACUUACCCUGAAUACAAGGGAGAUGUGAAGGCAGAUAAGGACAGGUUUAGCGGAGUGAGUUGGAAAGAUUCGAAAGAACAGAAUAGGGGAAAAAGAUAUCCCGAUCUCCCUGUCGGGAACAUGGAUCCAUGGCAUGCGUCAAGAACCCAUAGUGCUGCUGAGAUAGGAAAAGAAGUCUCAAAUUCUGAGAACAGGGAUUUUGCUAAAGUGCGUGAAGCCAUUGCUGAAAAUAAGAUGGAUUUGAAAGGUGACGAUAAAUACAAAGAUAAAGAUAGAAAAAGGAAAGAAGGGAAGCACCGGGAAUGGGGAGAAAGGGAUAAAGAAAGAAAUGAUUGUCGGAACAAUUUACAACUAGGGAGUAGUACUUCUGAUAACAAGGAGUUGCUUAAAGAGGAAAGGGAAUCUGAGCGGUGGGAGAAGGAAAGAAAUGAUCUUUCGAAGGAUAAGGACAGACCAAAGGACUGGGAAAAGGACCAUGUUAAGAGGGAAGUGUGGAAUGGAGUGGAGAGGGAGGUCUUGCAGAGCGAGAAAGAAGUGAUUGAUGUUCCUGGAAAAACAAAUGAGCCAGAAAACUCAGCAGUGGAGCAGAAGAAACAGAAAGAUCAUGAUAGCUGGAAAAAUACUGACAGAGAUGGAAGUGAGAGAAGAAAGGAAAGAGAUACUGAUUUGGAAGGAGAGAGGCCUGAGAAACGCGUCAGGUGUCACGAUAAAGAACCAGAGGAGGGAGACCUGGAUACUGAAGGAGGUGGGGAAAGGGAAAGAGAAGCUUUUAAUUAUGGAGUUCAGCAGCGCAAGAGAAUGUCGCGGCCAAGAGGGAGUCCCAUGGCCAACCGUGAUCCUCGUUUUAGGUCACACACUCAUGAAAAUGAAGGAUCUCAAGUUAAGCAUGAUGUAUCUGCUGUCAAUUAUAAAGUUGGUGAGUGCAUGCCAGAACUGAUUAAAUUAUGGAAGGAAUAUGAAUCAUCGAAAGCAGACGGAGCAUCUGAUAGCUCUCCAAGUGAUCCUACUCUAGAAAUUAGGAUUCCAGCUGAACACGUAUCAGCUACAAAUCGGCAGGUGAGAGGUGGCCAACUAUGGGGAACAGAUAUAUAUACCAAUGACUCAGAUCUUGUCGCAGUUCUUAUGCACACAGGUUACUGUCGUACGACUGCUUCUCCUCUUUUGCCAACCAUUACGGAGUUACAUGCUACUAUCAGGGUGUUACCUCCACAAAAUUGCUACAUAUCAACUCUGAGGAACAAUGUGCGGUCACGUGCCUGGGGAGCUGCAGUUGGCUGCAGCUAUCGCAUUGAGCGGUGCUCUGUUGUUAAGAAAGCUGGUGGAACCAUCGAUCUUGAACCUUGUCUAACACAUUCCUCAACCUUGGAGCCUACUCUUGCGCCGGUGGCAGUAGAGCGCACUAUGACCACUCGAGCUGCAGCUUCGAAUGCACUACGACAACAGAGAUUUGUACGUGAAGUGACAAUUCAGUUCAACUUAUGCAAUGAGCCUUGGCUCAAAUACAGUAUUAGUGUUGUUGCUGACAAGGGUCUAAAAAGGGCCCUUUUUACAUCAUCACGCCUGAAAAAGGGAGAAGUUCUUUACUUGGAAACUCAUUCUAAGAGGUAUGAGCUCUGUUUUAGUGGUGAAAAGAUGGUAAAGGCUACAACUUCUCAGAUGCAUGAAAUGGAUGUUGACAAGCCUCAAACUUACAAUUUACACAUGGCAAACGGAGAAAAAAAUGGAGUGAAUGGUGAUAAUACGAUGGUAGAUAUGUUCCGAUUUUCCCGUUGUAAGAAGCCCCUGCCUCAGAAACUAAUGCAGUCAGUUGGAAUUCCUUUGCCUCUUGAACAUGUUGAGGUUUUGGAGGAGAAUCUGGAGUGGGAAAACAUUCAAUGGUCACAAACUGGUGUUUGGAUUGCUGGAAAAGAAUAUCCUCUUACUAGAGCACAUUUUCUUUCCCCAAAUUAGGCAAUGUUUUGUAAGGAGAACUAUAGGUUUUAGAUACAGUUUAUUUAAGACAAAGAUGUACUGGGAUUGAUACUUAUUAAGAAUGCUAAAUAGUGGAAGUCAUGAUCAAUGUUAUGUGAACAUUGUGCAUAUGGUGAAUUCUUCUUCCAGUUUCUCUGUUAA